GAGAGGCUCCACCUCUUCUUUAGGUGGGGCGGGGCGGCUGUAGUAGGAGCUGGAGGCACCAGAGACCCCAAGCCACGAGCUGACCGGUGCACCGAGGAGCUCUCUGUCCGCGGCCCCGCAGGUUGGCGCCACUGGAGUGGGCCGGGCAGGCUCUGCCUCCGCCGCAGAGAGCGCCCGGGCUGGGGGGGCUGGGGAAGCAUCCCGGGAACGGCGGGCGGUGAGCAUUCCGGGAACCAUCUCUGGGCUGUCUGGGGCGGUGGAGCAAGUCUGGAGGCGGGACGUGGGGCGAGUAGGGGAGCCGCCACCUCGAGACGUCUUCCCGCCGCCCCUGGCUCCAGGAGACCCCACGGCCUUCUCUCAGCUCCUUGGCCUACUGCCGUGGCCUUGGUGCCACCCUUCUCUGGUGGUCAGCUCAGGGCCUCCUCUGCCCAUGCAGUCCCCAGCUGCCACUGCUGAGGGCCUCAGUGGCCCCCUCUUUGGGGCCUACACAUUCCCCACUUUCAAGUUUCAGCCUCGCCAUGAUAGCAUGGACUGGAGACGCAUUAGCACCCUGGAUGUAGACCGCGUGGCCCGGGAGCUGGAUGUGGCCACUCUGCAAGAGAACAUUGCUGGCAUCACCUUCUGCAACUUGGACCGGGAGGUGUGCAGCCGCUGUGGGCAGCCUGUGGACCCGGCACUGCUCAAGGUGCUGCGCCUGGCACAGCUCAUCAUUGAGUACCUGCUGCACUGCCAGGAUUGCCUAAGUGCCAGCAUUGCCCAGCUGGAGGCACGGCUGCAGACCAGCCUGGGCCAGCAGCAGCGUGGUCAGCAGGAGCUGGGCCGCCAGGCUGACGAGCUCAAGGGUGUGCGGGAGGAGAGCCGCCGGCGUCGCAAGAUGAUCAGCACCCUGCAGCAGCUGCUAAUGCAGACAGGCACCCACAGCUACCACACGUGCCACCUGUGUGACAAGACAUUCAUGAAUGCCACCUUUCUCCGGGGCCACAUCCAGCGCAGGCAUGCAGGCGUGGCAGAAGGUGGAAAACAGAAGAAACAGGAACAGCCAGUGGAAGAGGUGUUAGAAGAGCUACGGGCCAAGCUAAAGUGGACCCAAGGGGAGCUGGAAGCCCAGAGGGAGGCGGAGAGGCAGCGGCAGCUCCAGGAAGCAGAGCUCAUUCAUCAGAGGGAAAUAGAAGCUAAGAAAGAAUUUGAUAAAUGGAAAGAACAAGAGUGGACCAAACUUUAUGGGGAAAUAGAUAAACUAAAAAAAUUAUUUUGGGAUGAAUUUAAAAAUGUCGCCAAGCAGAACUCUACACUAGAAGAGAAACUGCGGGCACUGCAGUCCCACAGUGUGAUGGAGUCCAACCUGGGAUCACUGCGAGAUGAGGAGUCAGAGGAGUGGCUCCAGCAGGCACGGAAGCUUCAGGCCCUGAGAGAGAAGACAGAAAUUCAGAAAACGGAGUGGAAAAGAAAAGUGAAGGAACUGCAUGAAGAGCAUGUGGCUGAGAAAAGAGAGCUACAGGAGGAGAACCAGAGGCUCCAGGCCUCCCUGUCUCAGGAUCAGAAGGCAGCUGCCCAGUCCCAGUGCCAGAUCAGCGCCCUCCGUGCCCAGCUGCAGGAACAAGCUAGGAUCAUUGCCUCCCAGGAGGAGACGAUCCAGUCCUUGUCUCUCAGGAAGGUGGAAGGGAUCCACGAGGUGCCAAAGGCUGCGGACACAGAGGAGGACUCUCCGGAGGAAGAGAUGGAGGACUCCCAGGAUGAACAGCACAAGGUGCUGGCAGCUCUGAGGCGUAAUCCCAUUUUGCUGAAGCACUUCAGACCAAUCCUGGAGGACACCCUGGAAGAGAAGCUCGAAAGCAUGGGGAUAAGGAAGGAUGCAAAGGGAAUCUCGAUUCAGACUCUCAGACACCUGGAAUCCCUGCUAAGAGUCCAGCGGGAGCAGAAGGCCCGGAAGUUUUCUGAAUUUCUGAGUCUGAGGGGAAAGCUUGUCAAGGAAGUCACCAGCAGAGCGAAGGAGAGACAGGAGAAUGGCACUGUGGUGUCCCAGCCAGACGGGCAGCCUUCAGUCAAAAGCCAGCAGAGCACACUAGUCACCAGAGAGGCCCAGCCAAAGACCAGAACCCUGCAGGUGGCCUUGCCAUCCACACCGGCAGAGCCACCCCCACCAACUCAUCAGAACCAUGGCAGCCAUGGCUCCAGCCUGACCCAGGUGUCCGCCCCCGCUCCACGCCCCAGAGUGCGUGGACCCUCCAGCACCCCUCCUUCCUCGGGGCCCGGGAUGAGCACACCCCCGUUCAGUUCUGAAGAGGACUCAGAGGGAGACCGUGUGCAGCGUGUGUCUCUACAGCCCCCAAAAGUUCCUUCCAGGAUGGUACCCCGGCCCGAGGAUGACUGGGACUGGUCUGACACAGAGACCUCGGAGGAGAAUGCACAGCCCCCUGGCCAGGGCUCAGGAACACUGGUGCAGUCGAUGGUCAAAAACCUGGAGAAGCAACUAGAAGCUCCAGCAAAGAAGCCUGCUGGAGGGGUCAGUCUGUUUUUUAUGCCCAAUACUGGGCCACAGAGGGCUGCCACACCAGGAAGGAAGCCUCAGCUUUCUGAAGAUGAGAGUGACUUGGAGAUCUCCUCCUUGGAAGAUCUUCCUCUGGACCUGGACCAGAGAGAGAAGCCCAAGCUCUUGUCUCGCUCAAAGCUCCCAGAGAAGUUUGGCACUGGUCCACAGAGCUCUGGCCAACCCAGGGUCCCUGCCUGGUGAUUCACCCCAGAGGCUGGCUGGCUAGAGGGUUAGCCUGGCUGGGGCCAGCUCAGGUCCACUCCAACAGAAGAGGCUGCUGGGCCUCUUGUCUUCACAAACAACCAAGAGAUCAUCCUCUUGGAGAGAAGCAGUACAGGGAAUAGAUGUGAUGUCAUCCCUCCUGACCUGUGAGGGGCCCUGCUGUAGAGGGCCACAGGUGCCUGACUAGGAGCCCCUGGGUCCCCAGGCUUGAGAAAGGGUUAAAAUAGAACCUCCAGGUAGUUUUCUUCCUCUACCUCCACAUCCCCCCCGAGACUGAAAAGAGUCACUAGCUCUCUUUUCCCAAGCCUUUUAUAAAACUGCAGGAACACUGUGGAGAUGGGUCCUAUCUGGGGUCCUUUUGGGGACAUAUGCCUCAGUCAGUCAUUCAGUGAUUGAUCCAAAAUUAUUUACUGAGUGUCUGCCUACUCUGCGCCAGGCUCUCUAGCUUCUCACUACUGAGUUAGGGUGCAGGCAGGGGCUGGGGCAGAAUGUCUACAGCCAGUGCCAGCACAAGGUAGUAAUCUAGUGACAGAGAACAGGGUGUUACGGGAGCAUAUGAGAGGCCAUCCAUCCCAGCCUGGGUGAUCCUGGAGGGUUUCCCAGGGUUGUGAUAUGUGGCAGGCCUACUCAUGGGUGGGAAGGGAGGAGGGCCACUUGGCUGGACCUUGUAUCCCCAAAGGACCACACGUGUAAUUUUUGAUAUUAUUUCCAAAAUCAGGUUUUAUACAUAGCCAUUGUAUACUUUUAGUGUGAAAAACAUUAAUAUAUUAUAUGUAAACAUUUAAAUGUAGUACAAUGUUUUUAACCCUGGUAUGUAUUUCAUUAGUUUUGGAGCUUUCAGGGGGUUGGGAGGGAAGGAAGCAACUGCAUCUUAAUUAUGUCAGUUUAGGUCUUUUGGGACAUGGUUGCCAAGAUGGAAUUAUUGAGGAGCUGCACUUGGGAAAGAAAAAGAGGUGGAGGCAGGAUCCAGUGGGGAAAGGCCGCAGACUGCAGUGCACACCUGACCACUGUGAACAGAAAGAGAGAAGGAAGCCGGAGGAGCCAGGAGAACUCAGGGCAUUGAUUGGGGUUGACAAGGUCUCCACUGACCCAGUGGGGAGCGCCUGAGCAAGAACCGCCCACUUGGGAGUCCCCAUUGUGCAGAAAUGGCCAGGCUCUCGUGCCUGCACUGCACUUGGCCAUUGGCUGGGGUGGCCCAGACUGAAUGAGACCUUGACUUGAAAGCUGGAGUGAACCUUGGUGUGAACCUGUCAGUCAAUUUCAUUUCUCCUGGUUGAAUGGCAUUUUUUUUUUUUUUCCUGAUAGGGAGACCCAGCAAAGAACCUCCAUCCCUGACACAGCAAAGAUCUAUUUGUAACUUUUUACUAUGGAAAGUUUCAAACACAUAUAUAGUAAAGGGAAUAGUGUGAUGAACCCAUGAGCUCCACGCUGGGCUUCAAAUAUUAUUGACUCAACUCAACAUCAAUCUUGUUUGAUCUAUUACCACCUCCACCUCACCCAGACUUCCUUUGACCUUUGGGUGGUCCUGACACCUGGCGAAGCCUUGAAGUUCUCGUAGGAAGACGAUGGAGGAAACACACUGCAGGGAGCAAAAGGGGUCUGUCUGGUGGUGAGGUAGGGCAGCUGGGGGAGGGGGCUUGCUGGGGGUGUUGUCGUACAAAGGAAGCUGCUCAGUGAGGAAGCUCGGGAGAGCUGGAGAGCUGAUGCUACCAGAUCAGCCCACAAUCUUAGUGGGAUGGGAGUUGAUGAGUAAUUGCUCUAGGCUUCCUGUGCUUCUGUGGGGCACCUCUGAGUUUUAGUCUGCAUGGUUUCUCAGAGUCCCUCCUGGGAUUGAGUGCUAGUUCUCACUGAUACGCAGUUACUAUUAUUAAUGCAUAGUUCAUUGGCCUUCCUCUUUUCUGUUUCAUUUUUCUCACUCCCUCACUUCUUUCUCUUAUGAGCACCUCUGAGAUAAAUUAAUCCGUACCCAAGUCCUUGUUUCUAACUCCACUUUUGGGGGAAUGCAAAUGCAAACAGUAAAUGUGUUUGUACGUGUGUGCACACACUGGUGAUGAUUAUCAAUGAGAAUCUCUCUGUUCUUGAAUGUUCAUCAUUAUGUUAUAUGUUUCCAAAUGGGUUUUUCUAUCUACUUUGGAGGGUUUGACUAACAUUACUUUGGUGUUUCUAUGCUUUGUUCACCCCUCCCCAUUUUCAAAUAUAUUUUAAAAUUCUUUAGUAAGUUGUAUUAGGUCUCAAUAGAAACAGAACCAGUAGGAUAUACAGAUAGAUAGAUACUUAUGGGUAUUUAUUAGCCAGUUUCCCUAAUAAAUGACAGGGGAUUUAUUAAGGGAAUUAGCUCAUGCAAUUAUGGAGGCUGAGAAGUCACGGCAUAGGCUGUCUGCAAACUGGAGAACGAGGGAAGCUGGUAGAGUGGCUCAGUCUAAAUCCGAAAGCCGGAGAACCUGAGACUGUUGGUGCAGGUCCUGGGGUGCAAAGGCCAGAGAACCUGGAGUUCUGACAUCCAAGGACAGAAGCUGGGUGUCCCGACUCCAGAGAGAGAGAUUUUCCAUCUAGGCCUGCAGCAGAUUGGAUGGUGCCCCCUACAAUGGGUUGAGGGCAGAUUUUCCUCACUCAGUUUACUGAUUCAAAUGCUAAUCUCUUCUGGAAGCACGUUCUCAGAGCUACUCAGAAAUAAUGCUUUACAGCUGUCCAGGUAUAUCUUGAUCUCAUCAAAUUCAACCUAAAAUUAACCAGCACAAGAUUUGCCAGAACUAUGGAAUAUAUGUAACAGAUCAUUUAAAAAUUAUACAAAUGAUAAGAUUGAUACAGAAAAAUUAGAAAAUACAGAUAAUCAAAAAGAAUAUAACCCACAAAUUCAGUCAAUUAUUGUUAAUAUCUAGAUGUACAUGCACUGGUGAAAAAAUAACUCCUUCCUAGGGUUCAACUAUAUUCUUCUCUAGAUUGAUUUUCCUCCUGGAAAACAGAUUACAGAUGUCUUUAUAUCAGUACACAUGUACAUGUCAGUAUGUAUAAAUAUAAGACAGUUAUAUUUAAUGGCCACCUAGUAUUCCAGGCAAAGAUUACAAAAAUUUUUUUAGCCAGAUAUUUCUACUUUUUGCAUUUUAUAAAUCAUGAAGUGAUUAAAAAAUGUGUAUAUAUGUCUUUGUGCACUUGAUUAAGAUUUCCUUAAAAUAAAUUCUUAGAAGUGAGGUUGCUGGGCCAACAUAAUAAUGAAAGCCAGCACCAUAUGCCAGGCACUGGUCCAAGUUUGGUACAAAUAUUAUGAUUUAGCCUCACAGCAGCCCUUGAGGUGGAUGCCACUAUUAUAGUACACACAUUUUAUGGACUAGGAAUUGAGGUACACAGCAGCUAAGAAACUCGCUUUGGGACCUGCCACCGUAAGUGGUGUGACUGCAAUCUGACUUUGGCAGCCUGGCCCUGGAACUCUAGCUCCUUUCUCCAUGUACUUUUGUUACAUACUGCCAAAUGCCUUCCAGAAAACUGGAGCCCAUUUAGUCUACUAGUGUUUGGAGCACCCAAGAAAGCUAGUUUUUGCAUUCCCUUGCUACCACGGAUAUCAUUAAUCUUUCAAUGUUUUGGCCACGUGAUACGUGAAAAAUGAAACCCUUUUAAGAAAUUUGCAUUUUUAAGAUUUCUUCUAAAGUAAAAUUCUUUUUUAUUUCUUUUUCAUAUUGGUUGUUGCUAUUUCUUCUUUUAUGAGUUGCCCGUAGUUCACUUUUCUUGUUGCUAUUUCUUUAUCUUUUUAUUAUGAAAAAUUUCAAGCAUAUAUAAAAAUAGAAUUGUGUAAUGACCUUGGUGUUCCUAUUACUCAGUUUUAACAAUUAUCAACACAUAGAGAAUCUUGUUUCCUGUAUAUCUUUCACCAAAUAAUAUUGUAUAUUUUAAUAUCAUACUGCAUAUUAUUCCAAGUAAUAUACAUGUAAUACUACAUAUUAUUCCAAAUAAUAUGAUUAUAUCUACAAACAUUUCUGUAUGUGUCUCUAAAAGAUACUUCCUUUUCAAAAAUAACCAUUGUACCACCAUCACACUACAAAAAAAAUCAGUACUUUUUUUCUAAUAUCAUCAAAUAUCGAUUCUCUGUCCAUGAUUCCUCUAUUUUACUACACAUAUUUGUCUUUUUUAAUCUAUAGAUUCCUCUUCCAUUUUCCCCUCUUUUCUGUCUUCCCUUCUUCCCUCCUUUCCUCUCUUCCUUUCCCUUUUCCUUCCCCAUGAUUUUUAUUAUUUUUACUGUUGCUGAAUAAAUCAGAUUGUUCGUCUUGUGGAAUUCCCCACA